AUGAUGAACAAGUACGGCCGCCAGUCAGGACCCCGCUACUCGGCCUCAACCAACAGUGCAAAGGCCCCCGCGACCCAGCAAUGCCAAAAGUGUCUCGAGUUUGGACAUUACACCUACGAGUGUAAAGCCGAACGAGCCUAUAAGGCUCGCCCAACCAGGACUCAACAGCUCAAGAAGCCCUUGAAGCGUGUUGAGGUCGAAGUCCCUGAGGAGUUCUUGCCCAAGAGGGAAGGACUUGCGGCCAAGAUUCUCAAAGACAAGGAAGCCGAGAGAAAGAAGAACAAGGACAAGAAGAAGAAGAGCCGCAGAAGGUACAGCACCGCAUGCACGCACAUGCAAGCAGAGCUCCGCUAUUUUAUCGCUGUCGUCGUCCAGCAGUGGAAGCAGCAGGAGCAGCAGGAGCAGCAGCGGAUCUUCACGCAGCUCCUAUUCAGGAUCCUCUCGCUCCAGCUCUCGUUCUCGUUCGCGUUCGCGCUCUUACUCGAGGUCGUUGUCAGGAUCUCGUUCUCGCUCUAA